AGUAAAAUACAUUACAAAUUAACUUUUUUUAAUCUGAACAUGUUUUUAUUCUAAUUAAAAUUUUCUACAAAAUUAUUCUUCAUUCCAACCCAACAUAUAUUAUAUGUACACACACCCAACCCAACUCACCCAUUUUCACCCGACCCGUCUUCAUUGUCAUCUUUUCCACCUUAAAACUUCCAUUAAACCUCUUUCUAUCAAAACUUUCAAAUUCUAAUGCCUUUCGUUUCAACAUUUUAUCAUAUUAGCUGUUAUUUUGCCUUUAUAGACUAUUCGGUCACCAACAUUUACGUUAUUGUAUUUGAAUCGUCUCUUUAUCGCAGUUGAAUUAAACCUGUUUUUGGGUUCAAUUCAUGAUUUUAGCUGUUGAGAAGUUGUCGUUUUCGAUCAGCACAAAAAAAUGGAUGUGGCUGAGGCAUUUUUUACUUAAAUGAUUUCACCGGCUGCCGCUUACAAAGAAACGAGGUUCCAUCCGUUAUUGAGGAUGGUGGAUCUCACUCCCCCAUUUAUUCGCUAAUAUGUACAAAUGUAGUUUGUUACAAAUAGUAAGAGUGCACAAUAGAAUUGGACUACUCUUCUCCAUUUCUCACUCUGUGGUUGGGAACAUAAAAAGUAGCGCCUACGCAACAAUGGAGAAUGAUUUGAAACGAUCGGCUGUGAAUGUCGAUAAUGCACAGGAGGGAGGGGGUUACCCAUGCAGGGUCCCUCCCACCAUCUCCAACAGAAGCAGCAGGAGGAACAAUAAUCGGUGGUGAGCAUUGCGGUGGUGGGGAACCCAAUGUAGGUACCCUAUUAUCAUCUCUUUCAGCAGCAGUCGGUGGUCAAUGUUGUGGGGGCGGCGGCGGCAGCUGGGUACCCACUGCAAUUACCCUACUACCAACUCCAGCAGCAACAACAGCAACAACUGAAACAACAAUCGGUGGGGAGUGUAGAGGCGGCGACAGAAGCUGGGUACCCACUGGAGGUACCCUACAACCAGCUCCUUCAGCAGCAGCAACAGGAACAGCGGUUGGCAGAGAAUGCAGUUGCGGCGGCAGCAACGGCUGGGUACCCAUUGCAGGUACCCUACUACCAGCUCCUUCAGCAGCAACAACAGGAACAAUGGUUGGAAGAGAAUGCAGCUGGCGGCGGUGGUGUCUGGGUAACCAAUGCAGAAAUUAUCGUCCUUCGUCUAAAGCAUAAUGGAAAGUAAAUCAUAACAAUGGGCGGAGAAUGCAACGGCAACAGCUAGGUACCCAAUGCAGGUACCUUACUACCAUCUUCAACAACAGCAACUGGAACAACAAACGGCGGAGAAUUCAACAGCGACGGGAUACCCGUUGUAGGCACCUUACUGCCAACUCCUCCAGCAGCUAAAGGAAUGGAAACAGGAGAAUAAUAUUGAAUAUGGUAUAUUAGUAAAGCUAGUAUUAGUUACGUUGGCAUUAUUUCCUAUACGUUGUUUAGUUUGAUGUACUAGAAAUGAUGUCUUGUAAAGUUUUUAUAGUAUUUUUUUACAAAAAUACCAUCUG